ACAGUUUUCAUGUAAUGUAAACACGUGUGUGUUCCAGAAUAUGGAACAUUCAGUUGUCAUGUACAAGCCAGAGGAUGUACGUGACAUGUGUGAAGGGACACAAGAAAAGGAUAUGGAAAAUUGACAGAGGUUUCUUAUUAGCGAUUAGUUGCAUAACAGCAUCAUUAUUGUGCGUUGUGCUCCUCCAUAACCAGAUAUCUACCUCUAGCAAAGUGAACAAUGGAAAACAUGUAUCCCCAUUUCUCUCCCGACAUAUCAGGAGUGCUCUGCCCACAGACCUCAACAAAUCUCCAUCCAAUGACUCGCAGCCUCCCCAGUGGUUACAGCACUAUUGCUUUGGACAGCCAGAUACAAGUUCAUCUACAGCAGGUAAUGCUCCUGAGGGAUUUGUUCUAGAGCAGGUCCAUGUUGUUCUUCAGCCAGGAAUCACAUCCUCAAAAGACGACUUUAACUGUGUCAGUGUUCCAAACAGCAGCCAUCAGCUGGCAAACCACACCAACCAAUUCCUGAAACACACAUCUCUUAACAAAAGUUUCCGAAACAUACCCACUGCAAACAGCAGUGUUCAUUGCCUGAAGGAGGAGUUACAUCCCCUGGCGCAUCUUCAGUUACAUGAGUUAGGAAAACUGUACAAAAAGUUUUAUAUUGAGAAAUGGAAUCUUGAGAGCAGUCAUGUUGCUCCAAAACAUUUCAGGCUCCAUUCUUUGGACAAGGGAGACAGUUUAUCUAGUCUAGUGUCCUUUAUGCAUGGCAUUUUGCCACAUAUUCAUUUUCAGAAUAUGAUUAUACAUAAGGCAGAUGCAACAGUGAGAAAAUCAAACAGCAAUAAUUUAAAUUUGGAAUGUAAUUUUAAGCAUAAUUUAACUGAUCACCUCAGCAAGCAUUUCGGUAAACUUUCAGAAGACUUUCAUGGACUAAAAAACUUUUCAUCUAUUGUCUUGCCAAAUAUAUGCACUUCAUUGUCUCAAAACUCUAGAAAUUUGACAACAGAAGACACAGUUCAAAACUCCAUACUUCAAAUAGAUAAAGGAAUGAAAUUGUGUAGUAGCCAGAAAGAUUGUCAGUAUCUUGCUGAUUUGCAUACAUACUCAUGGUUUAAAUUGUUUGUCAAAAGAGUUAAAAUGAUGAGUUCAAAGUUUGAAAAAGUUUUUAUCUCAGCAGUAGACAGGACAUUUUUAUCCUACUUGAUGUCGUCAUUCAGAUAUCGCAAUGUGAAGGCUACUCACCCAGGGUCGCACAUUACCAUUGAGAUAUACAGAAACCAGUACGAAAAAGUGAAUCCCCACUACCUGAAAAUACUGUACAAUGGUAUCGAUAUCUCACAUCAGAUUCCAUUGUGUACAAAAUUUCCCUCCUGGAGUUUAUGUAAGCUCAAGUAUUUUGUUGAUUUCCAAAAGCUUAAGUACAAAUCCUCAUUUGAGUCCAGUCCUAAUAUACAGAAAAAGUGCCAUUUCUCUGUGUUAUGAUAUAAAAAAAUAUGUCAUAUGAUCAGUGGUUUUUCAAUUUACAACUUUUGUUGACAGUUCAAUUCUUUGAGGCAUUAUAUUAUACUUUGCAGGAUCAGUAGUUCUUUUGUUGUUGGUUCAAUUUGAGGCGUUACAUAGUUAGUGAUAAAAUUAGUGGCCAAACUACGGUACUUAUGUAGUUCUACUUCUGAAUGUACGGUGUAGUAUGUUUUGUGAAGUGGACACAUGCUGCUAGAAAUAUUCUAUUUAUACUAAAUUUGUAGGCAAAUUUUGGUCGUGUAAAUUUUUUUAGACUUUUGCUAAGGAUAUAUACCAGUAUCUAUCAUUUUAAUCUUAAAUAUUAAAUAGGGCUCAGAUAUUUCUAAGGAGGUAUGCUACAACUUUUCUGUAUAGAAGUAUAUGAUGUUAAUCAGUAUAAUGUAUUUUUGUGCUAAUUUUAAAAAUAUUUAUGAGAAAAUUUUUUUUUACAGAAAUGUGAGCUAGCUGUCUUUUCUUUUGAGAUUUAGGAAGGAAAUUUUUUUCCAAUGUCAUACAAGUUUAAGAUGAAAUAUUUUCUCCAAAUAUAUGCACCCUUAUUUUCACGUUAAAAAGAAAACCAAUUUCAAGUACUUAAAAAAUUAUUCCUGAUAAAUAAAAAUCUUACUCUUUUCAAACUAUAAGAUUGAAAAAUUGUUAUAAAAUAUGACUUGUCUGUUGUUUUGCCGAGCAACAUAUUGCUUUUAUGGAAUUGCAACAUUAGAAUGGUUAAGUUUAUUAAUUUAUCAGAUUUAUUUAUUAGCAAUGAAUGAUUUUCUUAGUUGGCAGUUAUUUACCAGUAGGUAUAAGGCCAAGGCCAAUUUGAACUGGUUGUGUUUCAAAUAUAAGUCCAUUUGCAGUUUUAGAUAAUUGCUCUACAUUGAUUAUCAUUCAUCACUCAUGCAACUGAUAUCAUUUGAUAGUGUUCAUCGUUCAUCAAGAAAUGAUGUGUUUUGGAAAGAUAUUAGAUAUGUAAUUCCUGCACUUGGUUCAGAUUAAAAAAAAAACUCUGGAUACAAUUAUGAAUGAUGAUUUUUAAUUCUCGAUGUUAUACAUUGAAUUUUAUUGAUUGACUGUACAUCCUUUAUGUAUGAAGCAUCUACGCUUGCUGAAGGAGCAAAUUGUAAACUGUUGGCUAGCGAAGAUGUAUGGGAAGAUGAUGUCUAAUUCUAUAACGUCGAGUUUUGAAAGUGACUACUUAGUUUUUAGUUUGAAUGUAUUUUACAUGUAAAUACAUAUUGAUGCAAGAACAAACUAUUGGGAUUUUUUUCAAUAGACAUUAAUAUUGAAAUAAGUGUUGAUGAUACCUGUGGUUUGUAUUUUAUAAAGUGAAUCAAUUGUAAAUCAAUCAUAUUAACUCAUUUCCAUCUGUAAUUUUAUUGUGAAAUGGUGCUUUCCAUUAUUUGUUUAUGCGUAAUAUUUUGAUAGUAUUUUUACAAUGAAUUCUAUUGAAUUCAGUAUCAGAUGUAUUAAUUCAAUGAAGAAUUUAUUGUUUUUAAUUUAUUGCAUUAAUGUUGUUUUAGUAUUCUUUUUAAUUUAUAUUGUUUGCGAAUUCUUUUGAAUUCAAUACGAGAUGUAUUAAUUCACAUACAGUCUCUUUGUUUUGUUUUGGAAGGGCUUGGAUCUCUCUUUUUCCUAUAUAUAAUUUAUGUUGUGUAAUCCAAAGCAAUGUUUUUUUAUAACUACUUGUAGCUGAUAAAGUGUCUGCUAUCAUAAUCUGAUCAAAGUAUUUGAACAAUUUAGGAUUGAAACAAUGUUUUAUAUCAGAUCUUGAAGCAGAAGGAACAGUGAAUUUAUCUGCACUAUAAUUAUUUUUUGCUUUUAAUAAGAUUGUUUAGAGAAUCUCUUAUAAUAUAAAGAAAGAUAACUCAUAUUAUAUUAUUCAGGGACAACUUGCUGUUCCAUCAAUGAUUUUUGAAUAAUUGCAUUUGAUCUUGAAUUUUGCUCAAACAUAUUUAGUGAGAUAUACCUGUAGAGUUGUAAUAUCAACUUAAAAUUUGUUUGUUAUAUUUUAACCAGAUAGUGAGUAGAUUCCCUAAAUUUAAUCCUUAUAUUAUUUAAACAAUGAAAUGCUUUACUUCGAUGAUUCAUGUGGGUUAUGAAGGUAGAGAUCGUUGCAGAAAACAUUUACAUAACCUGCGUUAUUGCAGAAAAAAAUUAUCUAACCUGCUAACACGGAUUAUAUAUUUUUUCUGCAAUGUUGUCUUCUUAAUAUUCCACAUGAAUCACCAAAGAAAGCAUUGUAUUGUUAAAAUAGCUUGCCGUUAUUAACAUUCUUUUGCCUUAAAAUCAGAAAAUAUUCAUACAUUUUUAACAACAGACAGUACUCGUACUUUAACAAUCAAUUCAGGUGUUUAUAUAUAAUUUUUGUAAUCAAUUUCAGUGACGAUUUUGAUAUGAUCAGACUUAAAAGCUGUAUGUGAGUAGUUUUAGUAUGAACAAUUCAGGUAAAUGCCGGUUAUAGAACUUAUAUUGAGUAUGUUGUCAUGAUCUGUUGUGGAGUUGAACAAAGAAAUUGUUAACUCAUCAUGGCGUCACAAAACAAUGAGGAUUGUUGCUUGUUAUUGAAUAAAAAUGAGUGUUUGUUGGUGGUUCUAAAUCACAAUAAACAUGAUAAAAAAUC